GCCGUGCCGACUUUCCGGAUAGUACGGAUGGUUGCGACACUGGUCAAAUGUUUGUGAUGCUGAUCAUCGAUCGUUUCCUGUUGCUUGAGGGUGUCCCCUGUCGAAUUGAUAUGUCCGUCCAUCAAGUUGGGGGCCUUUUUUCUUUUUUUCUCUAGGUCUAUAGGGGGCGUUGCUACAUGGUAUCAUGGCCGAACAUGCCCAUGGCGUGUGUCUCCGUCCUCUAUCUAGCAUAGCAACCGAUCCCUCAUACGGAUAUACCCUGAUUACAACAUGUCUACAAAAGUGGAAGAAGCCGAACGCAUGGAGCAAAGCGAGCUGGGUCUACCCGUCUGCCGUCUGGUCAACCCAAGCCUCUCGGAAUCCGCGGGAGCACCAGAGAUAGGGGGGGCUACUACUUUACGCACUGCUAAGGCCAAGGGCGAGCUUGGUCAUCGUUCAAGAAUGAUUCCUACACGAAAUUUCAAUAAUACGACCCUUUGGUUAUCCACCCCCGUCACCGCUACAGCGACUAGAACUAGAAAAGACAGCUUGUUAACACGUGCGCUCUCGCCCGCGUCCCCCCGACCGGCAGGGAUUGUCCUUUUCCUCGUUCGCCCCGCCGCGCCGAGAUCCGCCGAAUUUUGUGCUUUUUUGGUAUCAAGGGAUGCCUGAAAUGCUGUAGCCGAAGACAAGAGAGAGAGAGAGAGAGACAAGCUGGAAAAAAAGGUAUAGCGUUAGAUUCCCGGGGCGUCGGCAGCAUUUUGCCCCGCUAAUAUGAUGCCUAUCGCGUAUUUACUUUUAUAACUUGCCAUGCAACGAAAGCGGGG